AGUCGCACGCUAAACGUGGCGCGAAACACACCGGCGUGCAUAUUUGCCUGGCGCCGAGCCUUUGCGGCACCUAGCGAGCAGCGAGGCGGGAUGUGCCCCUCGUGAGGCGGCACAGCGACACAGCGAGACACGCAGACACUGCGCGGCUGUGCGGCAACCGGCCAGCCUGGGACCUGACACUUCUCACUCACUUGUUACUGGUUACGCGUCUGCCCAUACAGAGAGAUAGAGAGCCACGGACUGCGUGUGCGUGUGCGUGUGCGUGUGUCAGUGUGACCUGGUGUGCUGGUGGGGGAGUUGUAUCACAGUGACCAUGCGUUGGCUCAGAACGGGAGUGGUGCUGGAGGUGGUGAUGGUGGUGGUGGUGGUGGUGGUGGCGGCGGAACACACACAGGAGGGCGAGGCACAGGAGGCCAAGACAGUCACCCACGAGGAGCAGGAGGCGGCGACGCAGCAAGCAGCAGCAGUCUGAGGCCGAGGAGGUCCUCUCGCGCCUCACCAGACAGGCGGAAAGGCGUGGUCAGCGAGAUGGUAUCAGGCUCGCCGUGCACAGGGACCCGUACAUCUUCAAUCUAUUCGAGGUGCUGCUCACGACCCUGGAGAGCAAGCUGCGCCGCGUGGAGAACAUGGACAGGGCGCUGGAGAGACUGGUGCGACGCCUGGACACAGUGGAGAACAGGCUGGCGGUCAACCUGAACACCACAGCGCAGCUGGUACGCCUACUGGAGACGCGGCUAGUCGACCCUAACGCCUACAGAACCACAAUCACCGGCAGCACGAGCAGCAGUAACACCAACAGCAACAGCAGAGGCAGCAGCGAGGACUCCAGCAGUAGUAGACGCACAAACACACAAGCGGAAGGCCAGAGCAGCAACAACAGUGAUGGCGGCGCUGAGGGCAAGCAGGAGGAAGGGUACGGCCGGGGAAUGAGUCUGAUGGAGCAGCGGCUGUACCUACUGGCGGAGCACGUGACUCGCAUCGAUAACAAGCUGUCCUCCAUGCAGAAGACACUGGACACCAACAGCAUCGUGGCGCCCCAAGACGAGUUGGUGGCAGCCGCCUCUGAGAGUUACCGUGUCGGCGUGGACAUCCCGCGCAUACAGUCCCUGGAGAAGAGUCCCACUAUGAACAAGCUGCAGGAGUCUAUUGAGAGCGUGCGGGAAUCCGUAGCCUCAAUGGACCGGCGCCUGCAGUUCCACAUGGCCUACGUGUCCGGAGACCUGGAGCAGCUGGCGGGUUCCGUGAGGAGCAUCCACGCUGCCAUCCUGGAGGAGCAGACGCCGCCCUUCACUGACGCCACCACGCCACCCACCAGCUGGAAUGUGACUCACCCGCCGCUCCGAACCAAGAUCGACUCCCUAGUGGAUCGUAUGUCGCCCAUGGAGACUGUGUGGGAGAAGAUGGAGGAGGUCUGGAGUGUAGUGGUGGGCACGAAGAGCUCUGUGGAUGUGUUGGUACCGAAGAGUGAGGCGCUGCUGAACACAAGCCAGCGACAGGAGCGGGCCAUCUCCACCAUACACUCUGACCUCACCGAGAAGGCCAACAGGAUCAUACAGAACCUUGACGAGGUGGAGCAAACCCUGAAGACGAUGCCGCUGGACAAGGGCAGGCAGCGUGACCACAUCAACCCCGUCACGCUGCUGCACCGCUCCACCCACACCCUCCACCUGCAGGACGACACGCCCAUGGAGGACCCGCCUGGUGACCUUGUGGACCAGCAGAGCUUCCUGACGGAGCACAAUAGCAGCGAGAUGUUAACCACCACGGAGAGGCCCGCCACCAGGAGUCCCUUGGGUCCCUCCGGCCUCGUGUUCCCUUCCGUGCAAGGCAAACCAGUCACCGUCAACAACAGCUUCAUUGUCAACGACCAGCACGAACUGUCCAUGAAGCAAGGGUACUCGUGCGCAGACCUGAGGACGAAGGGCAUGACGGACAGUGGCACGUAUUACCUCAACAUCCGAGGCACCACCUACUGGUUCCUCAAAGUCUACUGCGAUAUGGAGACUGCAGGAGGCGGAUGGACGGUGAUCCAGAGAAGAGAUGACUUUGGCGAGCCCCGGGAGACCUUCAACAGGGAGUGGGACGACUACAAACACGGCUUUGGCAACCCUGAGGCUGAGUUCUGGCUGGGCAAUGAGAACAUCUACAUGCUGACCAACACAGACGAUCACAUGCUGAGAGUGGAGCUGGAGGACUUCGAUGGCAACAGAAGGUUCGCGGAGUAUUCCACUUUCAAGCUGCACAGUGAGAAGGACAAUUACAAGCUAGAGAUCAGCGGCUAUUCUGGCAACGCUGGCGACUCCCUGAACGACCCCUGGUACGGCUCCAACCUCAGCCCCUUCUCCACCGUCAACAGAGAUAACGACCGGUCAAGCCUGAACUGCGCCUCCAUGCUGAAGGGCGGGUGGUGGUGGCGGUCCUGUGGGCGCGGCCUCAAUGGCAUCUACCUGACGGAUCCCAAUGACCUCACGGCACGGCAAGGUAUCGUGUGGUUCAGGUGGAGAGGCUGGGACUACACCCUCAAGAAGUCGGUGUUGUUGAUCAGACCCAAGAACAAGGACAGGAAAGAGCCAUGCUGCUGAUGCUCGUGCCGGAGAGCUGCUGGAAGAGGAGGAGCACCACGCCACCAACAGGACAGGGAGCAGGAGAACUCAAGCCACCAACAAGAGCAAGAGGAGCAGGAGGAGGAAGGAGGAAGUGCUUUGGAGUGAAAUCAUAUGAAGAAAAUGUGAAAAAAAAAAAGAUAGUUAGAUCGUAGUUUUAGUUAUGGCAAUGCAUCUACGCUUCCAUGGCUUGUUUUGCUUCAUUUGAUGCAGUGUUUACGAAAAAUAUGAACUAAGUUACUGAAAAACUGAAUAGAAAAAAAUGAUUACUGGAAAAUAAAGAAGGUAACCAGGCAAAAAGGAAACAGAAUCUGAAGAAAUAAAGAAGAAUUAAAGAAAAGAAAAGAAAGGAAAGAAAAGAUAAAGUAAAAGAGGUGAUACACAAAUAAAUUAUAACGUAAUGUAAAUAGAAAUACAUACUUAUCCAAAGCUUGGUGACUAAGCAGACAAAAAAACGGGUAUUUUGAUGUAAGAGAUUGAUGAGAAGACACAGUGGCGAAGAAUAGAUAAACAGGACUUACAAUGGAAAAGAAAAA